AUGAGCCCAACGCCCACGGCGACGCCACCGACGACGCGGUCUAAGCUCUUGGAGCCGCUGCUGUCCCCGUGCCUGGUCAAGUCGGUGAUGGCGCUGUCGGUGGCCAAGUCGCCGCGUCGGCCUGCGGGAGUGAACGGGUUGCUUCCGACUCGAGCAAAGGCCCAGCUACAUCUUGGGAUGUAUGCUUCGAACUCGUCGGCAGCAGGCUCGAGCGCAUUCAGCCAGUUCCUGACUGCUCGUCGACAGCGAGGGAAAACCGACUCUCUCAGCGAAGACAUGGGUACCAGCCCGGCCAUGCAGCAACAGCAGCAGCAGUUCGUUCCUGGUCCGCCGCAGCCAGUCCCGUUCCAGCACGCGCCCGCGCCGGACCCGCUCCAUUAG